AGCAGAAUCAACAGAUGUGGAUGAACUAGUUAUAGAAGCUGUAUCAUAGUAGGUUCUCAUUUCCCAUAUGUAAUUCAGCUAUAGCUUGACAUAACAAUCUGCAGAAGUUAAAGCGAGGGCUGAAUUUUAAAUCAAGGUCCCAUUGUAUGCUUUUAUUCAAGAGGUGCUCAAUUUUAUCCGGCACAACAGCGACAUUGCAUUGUGGUCAGACAUCCCACUUUCUCUCUUUUAAGACCAAUGUGGAGCCUUCUAACUUCAAAGUUAGACUACUUAAUUCCUCUCAGAAAGAAACAAGGACUACUGAUGAAGUUAAUGACGGUCUGUCCGAUGAAAUGUUGGAAUUCUUCUAUCAUAGUAUUGGCAUGGUUGUCAAAUCUAAUGAUAGAAAGUAAUCAAUACCCUGAAGGGAAAGAGACUCCGGUCUAUCGGAAGUAUAAAAAUGAUUGGUAUGGUAAAAAGUUUUGAUUCCACAUUGACCGUAACUAAAAGAAGCAUUUAGAACACGUAAAUAAUUUUGGAUGAGAUGAGUCAAACAAUUUUCAUAUAUAGAAGUGUUACAUACCAAAGGGACAAAAAAGGGCAAAGACAGCCUGAGAUUUAGUAAUUAGUUAGGAUGACAGACGCGGAGAGCUGGUUGUUAUAUGGAACAGAACGAAAGAGAAAGCAAUGCCUAUGUCUAUUCAAGGCCUUCUAACCUCCUCCACUUUUAUCUCUCUUCCCGUUGCACCAUUUCAUUUUUGAUUUUUUGUUCUUGAAUUGGUUUCUGUUCCAAUUUUCAGUUUUACCCGUUACUCCUCCAUAGGUGGUUAAUUCGGCGUCAACGCAAAACCGAGACUGCUGUUUCUCAGGCCAUCAUCACCGUGAUCAAGGCCGGAGAUUGGCAGUCUCUCUAAAUUUCUCUCUCUCUCUCUGGGGGAGAGUGUUGGUAAUUGCCGAAUUGGCAUUCAUUUUGCAUAAAUCCGAUGGUUUUGGACCACCGGAGCUAGAGAAUCAAGACAUUUAAGUUAUGGAAUCUGCGAAUGAGAAAAUAACGUCAAGCCCAUCUUGCUACCCAUUACCAUCAUCUUCAGACCAUUUGCAAGCAGCCCCCGAAAGCAAAGGCAUAGGGAUUUCGGACCCGAGAUUAAAUCAGACAGUUACAGAUGCUGGUGAGAUUGCAUCUGCAGGCAAAGGCUUAAGCCCCAAGACCCCUGCAAGUACAAGUACUUCUGGCCCUCUGGAAGUUGAUGUGGGCAAUGUUGUAGCAACUUCGGAAAAUGGUCUUGCAACGACUCCGUCCCCUGCUGGCUCUCUUCUAAGUACAAACUACACCGAUGAGGAUUUUCAAGGCGGCUCGACACCUAAGACUGAGCAGCUUAAUGGUGAGUUGAGCCAGGGCAAUGAUUCAGCAACACAGUCGCCUCCUACGCAGGUGAUGGAGCGGCCUAGUGAGCCGAGUACUCCGUACAGGAUCCCGGAUUAUGUCUUUGCAAGGAAACCAUCCACAGCCCCGAUGGAAUGGAGUGCUGCUUCCAAUGAAUCCCUAUUCAGCAUUCAGAUGGGUAACAUGAGUUUCACCAGAGAACAGUUUGCCUUUUUAGGUAAAUCUGGUGAGUUGGGUUUAUCUGGAGAACAGAACAUGUCUGGUCCAUAUAUAGACUUCUCGAGUAACCAGCCUCCGGAUAAGCAAGUUGAAUUUUCCCAAAACGGCGGCAAUUUGGAUGAGGGCCCAAAUCCGAAAGUAACUGAAGCAAAAGCCGUAGAGACUAUGAGAGAGGUUAUAAGGGAAAUUGCCGAAAAUGACAACAAAGCAAGUCCAUCAUCUUCGGCGGAUAAUCACAGCAAAGGAAGCCCGUCGCCCAGCGUCCGAAAUCCUAUAGUCAGCCCAUCCCUCACUGAACACAAGUUUCAUAAUAUAUCUAGCCUUUCUCAUGCUUCUGAUGGAAGUACUAAAUCAUUUGCAUUUCCAGUAUUGUCAGGUGAGGAGAGAAGUGGUUCACUGAGGGUAGAUGGAGUAGGGAAGCAAAAGCAACAUUCGCCACGAAGAGGCUCACGGCCACAAACACCUAAAGAAAGCAGGAAGCCGAAUGCUGCAUCUCAGAGCCCGAAAUCAGCCCUGACCCCGAUUAAGCACAAAUGGCUAUCUUGCUCUUGUUGCCCAUUCUGUAACUGAUCGAGACUCAUUGUCGAGGGUAGUGGUACUAUUUCAUCUGCCAAAACUUCUGUUAACAUCGGAACAAAGGAAACAAAAAUACCCUGAACAAAAUUCUAGCCUUGUAGUUUCUUUCUUUCUUUUCUUAUGGAUAUUAAGACGUUAUUUGAGGUUAAUAUGUUUUUAGUAACAUUAGGUAACAAGAAAGUACAGGACACAUUUAGGAAUGUAAAUAUUUAAUCCAUGAUAAUUCAAGACAUCCCUUUAUGUUACUGUCAUC